AAUUGGAGUAAAAUUAUCCAAAUAUUGAUAUAUUCUUAUUUUUAAGUGUGUAAAAAAGAUAAAGUUGAGAAAAAUGAGUUUCUUCGGGAAAAUGUUUGGUGGCAAAAAGGAUGUGGCGCCCACCACAGGCGAAGCCAUACAGAAACUGCGCGAGACGGAGAAUAUGCUUAUUAAGAAACAGGAAUUUCUAGAGUCAAAGAUAGAAGAAGAACUGAACAUUGCCAGGAAGAAUGCAUCGAAAAACAAAAGAGAACGUAAUGUUAAAUAUAAAACUAUUUAAUCAAUAUAUAUUUUUUAUGCACAAAAAUUAUGUGUCCAACCAAGAAACACCACGGCAAUUUAAAAUUAUCUUCUGACGUUUUAUAAUGAACAUUGGUAAACUUGCUACAUAUGUAUGUAUUCGUACACCUAUAGGCAAAUGUUAAAUUAUAAAAACUCUUAAUAUAUUAUUCAGCAUUUAUAUAUUUUCCAAUACACUAUACUUAUUUCUUUAAAUUUUCAGUUGCAUUACAAGCGCUUAAGAAAAAGAAGCGCCUCGAAAAACAGCUACAACAAAUUGAUGGAACGCUUUCGACUAUUGAAAUGCAACGCGAAGCAUUGGAAAGUGCUAAUACAAAUACCGCCGUCUUGACAACAAUGAAAAAUGCGGCUGAUGCACUCAAAGCCGCACAUAAAAAUAUGGAUGUGGAUAACGUUCAUGAUAUGAUGGAUGAUAUUGCCGAGCAACAAGAUGUGGCCCGUGAAAUCUCCGAUGCUAUAUCAAAUCCAGUUGCUUUUGGUGCUGACCUUGAUGAUGAAGAUCUGGAGCGUGAAUUGGAUGAAUUAGAACAAGAAGAGUUCGAUAAAAAAGUUAUUGGCAUACCGGAGCCAAAUGUUACAUUACCCGAAGUACCAGCCGACGAAAUGCCGGAGAAAAUUCCUGAGAAAAAGAAAGCCACUGCACCUGCUUCGACAGCACAGGAAAAUGAUGAUAAUGACCCAGACAUGAAACAGUUGCUUGCUUGGGCCAAUUGAUUAGUUUAUAAUUCUCUUUAACCAUGGUGUGACAUCUGUGUAUGGAUUAGCAACUUGAAUUUAAAUAAAAAAUGCGCAGUGGUUGAUUCUAUUAUCGUACGAAACUAGAUGGAAAAGUAAAAUAAUCUACACAUAAAUACUUUACCAAAUACUAUUUCCAGUUGCUUGCUAAUGGGAAAAAUAUUAAUUUUUAAUUUUGAAACACAUAACGCCUAUUUGUAUUUUACUUUAUGCUUGCAGGAAUAGUGUUGUAUUGGUAAAUAUGUUUUACGAAGUCAAAAUUGUGAUAAAGAAUAUCUCGCUACAUUUAUGCUUUAAUAAUGACGUGUGUACAUUCUUUGAUUAGGACAUAUAUAAAGCUAGAUACAUCUCACUGCUAUCCCGGCGGCAGAACAAUUAUUAUUAUUAUUUUUAAUAUAUUGCCUUCUUGUAAUUAAGGUAUAUUAAAAUAAAGCAACCCCAAGGGCUUAUCUUCAUUUUUUGCCAACUAGAAUUGAAUCCGUGAAAAAAAUAUUUUAGAUUGAAGAUAAUUUUAUUUAAAUACACUAAAUUACAGUGUAUCAGUUUCGAAUACUGCCUGUGGAAUUUUUUUUUUGCGUGUUUAAUAGUGAUAGAUCUUAAUAAAGAACUAUAAAAAACUGCUGGUAAAAUAACCAACUAAUCAUAAAAACUUUUAAAAUAAUUGCAUACACACGAAAAAAUUGAAAUUACUGAUAUAUUUACUUUUUUGUGAACUAUUGAUAUCAACAAUUAAUUAACAAACAAACACGGAGCUUGUUCAGUCUUUCCAACAAACACGUGUGAAUACAUCUUAAGUUUUCGGUAACUAUUUGACAGACGUCGAUAUAUAAAGUUAUCGAUGACUUCUGAACAACACUAUUCACAACCAAAACAAAAUAAUCACAUUAAAACGGUUAAGAAUGCGAGAGUAAAUGAGUUUUUAUUAAAAUAAUGGCAAAUCGUACAGUUAAAGAAGCUAAAAAUAUCCAUGGAACAAAUCCACAAUAUCUUGUUGAGAAAAUUAUACGUUCUCGCAUUUACGAUUCGAAAUAUUGGAAGGAACAAUGCUUCGCGCUCACCGCCGAACUUUUGGUGGAUAAAGCUAUGGAGCUUCGAUUCAUCGGUGGUGUUUACGGCGGUAAUAUAAAGCCAACACAAUUUCUUUGUCUUACACUUAAAAUGCUACAAAUUCAACCCGAAAAGGAUAUUGUGGUGGAGUUUAUAAAGAAUGAAGAGUUUAAAUACGUUCGUGCACUGGGAGCGUUUUAUUUACGUCUCACUGGAAGCGCUUUGGAUUGUUACAAGUACUUGGAACCAUUAUAUAACGAUAAUCGUAAGCUCCGUCGCCAAAAUAGGGCAGGCCAAUAUGAAAUUGUUCACAUGGAUGACUUUAUAGAUGAGUUACUCCGUAGUGAUCGUGUGUGUGAUAUAAUAUUACCGCGUAUACAAAAACGUACAGUACUUGAGGAAAAUAAUGAACUAGAACCGAAAAUAUCCUCCCUCGAUGAGGACUUAGAUGAUGAUGUGGUUAGCGAUGAAGAGGGUGGUGUAGAUCGAGAUGAUGACAAAAAUAAAUCAUCGUUUUCUUCUAAGAAAAGAUCACGCAAAGAUAACUCUCGUUCACGAUCGCGUAGUCCUGUUGCUGCGCGUGACCAAAGAACUGGUCGUGCUCGUGAUUAUGAUAACGAGUUAGAAGAUUAUAGUCGACAACGUGAACGCGAUCGAGAGAGAGAUCGAUUUGGUGUAAGUUCGUCAUCAAGCAGUAAUCGCCAUUGGGAUGAUCGUUCUGGCGGAACAAAUAAUUAUCGUGGUGGACGUGAUGAUUAUAGAGAUGACUACAGGCGAGACGAUUAUAAAGAUCGGCGUUACGACAACCGCGAUUCUCGAAAUGAUCGGGAUAGAAGGCGGCAUUAAGCACUUUAUAUGUAUGUAUGUAUGUAAUAAAAUAAAAAAAAUACACAAAAUAGUAUAAAAACAACAAAAA